AUGGACCACAGUCGUGCGCAGAUGGCAUCAUUGAACGGCAGGUGCUCGAUUGUCUCCAAUACCUCUCCUCUUGCCCGUCGUGUCCUUUUGAUUCCUUCAUCUAUUGCUUCCAUUGUCGCUCCUGCACUUUCUUACUCUCCAUCAUAUUCAUACUAUUUCGAAUGAAAGUCAACCAGCAUGGCCCGUCAAGCCUCCGUCACUGAUUCAGACUUGUCUAAGGGCUCUGUCCGUGGCAUUGAGGAUGCUGGAGGACUAUGUCGACCCUCUGUCGCAGCUGGAGACAGCAGUGAUAUAAUUGAGAUUGUAGAUUGGGAUGGCCCAGGCGAUCCGGAGAAUCCUUUCAACUGGUCUCGAUCGUACAAGUGGACCGCGACGCUGACCACCUGCUUCAUUUCCAUUCUGACGGGAAUCCCGGCGGGCGCGUACGGGACAGCAGGCCGACAGAUGUCUCGAGAGUUCCACGUCGAUGAAUCCGCCUUCCCAUUCUUAUCUUUCGCUUUGGUGUCCUGGAAUAUGGGCGCCGCCAUCUUUCCUCUGCUGUUCGUGCCGUUGACGGAGAACACAGGACGGAUGCCCGGUUAUUUCGCUUCCUACAUCAUAUUCCUAAUCUUCCUCAUCCCCUCGGCGCUGGCCGAGAACUUUGCCACUAUAGUCGUUACUCGAUUCUUCGGCGGUGGAGCCAGUUCAGUCGCGAUCAAUAUCGUUGGAGGGACAAACACAGAUAUCUGGAAAGGCGAUAAAGAACGCAGCCUCCCCAUGUCCAUCUUCGGCCUGACCAGCGUCGUCGGCAUCGCCCUUGGCCCGUUCGUCGGCGGCAUAAUUCAGCAGCAUCUCAACUGGCACUGGAUCUACUGGAUCCAACUUAUCAUUGACGCCGGCCUCUUACCAUUCUUCUACUUUAUUCUCAAGGAAACACGCGGCGAUGUGGUGUUGGCCAAGCGAGCCAAAAAGCUCCGCAAAGGAGGCCAUUCCAAUGCUUACGCCCGCUCCGAACUCAACAAACCCAGCAUCCCUGAAGCGCUGAAGAUCUCCUUCAUGCGGCCGACGAAAAUGCUCGCGACAGAGUUCGUGGUCACCUCCUUCACGCUCUGGGUCAGUUUCGCUUGGGGCAUCCUGUUCCUCUUUCAAAGUAGCAUCCCCAUCGUCUUCGAGGAAUUAUACGGCUUCGACGUCUUCACCACCACCCUCAUCCAACUCGCUCUCAGCGUCGGAGCAAUACUAGCCUUCACCAUCAACCCCCUGCAAGACAAACUCUACCUCGCCUCCUCCAAACGCAACAUGGAACGACCAGGCAAACCCAUCCCGGAAGCAAGACUCUACUUCGCCGUCCCCGGCUCCCUCCUCUUCACAGCAGGCAUGUUCUGGUACGGCUGGGCGUCAACACCUCACACCCACUGGAUCAUCCCGACACUCGGCAUCGGCUGCGUCGGCAUCGGCGUGUACGCCAUCUACCUCGCCGUGGUCAACUAUCUCGCCGACGCAUACGAAAAGUACGCCGCUUCGGCGCUCUCGGCCGCAUCGCUGGGGAGGAAUGUAUUCGGUGCGUUCCUGCCGCUUGCGACGCCGGCCUUGUAUCGUAAUUUGGGCUUCCAGUGGGCGAGUUCGUUGCUGGGGUUUAUUGGAUUGAUCCUGAGCUUUGUGCCGGUUGUGCUGUUGCUCAAGGGGGAAGCUAUUAGGGCCAGGAGCCCGUUCAUGCUUGAUGCGGCGUACGAUGACAGUGAGAUGGAGGAACGACGAGCGAGUAUUGCGGAAAGACACGUGGUGGAGAGGAAUAUGAGCGCCGUUUUGCCUUGGAGUGAAGUGAGGGCGAUGUGAUUACUCUUCGCGCCACGCAUUGAACAGAGGCACAU